GGCGGGGGGGGGGCAGGUUCGGGCCAUCGACUCCUACAGGAGAAAAAAAAAGGAGGAUAUUAGGGGAGUUGAAAGAGAGUCAAGAAUUGGGCUGUGAUAAGACCAUAGAAGGCUCUGCGAGGAGGAGAGCUGGAGCGAGAAGGGAGGGCACACAAGAAUUUGGGGUGGAGCAGAAAAACACGGUGUGCCUGCCUGCGUGUGUGACAGAAAGGAGCGGUGCAGCCUUCGUGGGCUGGUGGAGGUGGUGAAGAGGACGGCUCGGGGAGAACUUGAUCUCUCUGCAAGUGCUUGGCUUGUGUUGUGUGCGUGUGCGUGAAAAGAGCUUCAACCCCAGCCUGCCAAAUGCUCCUCUUCGGGUUCUUCUUGCUGACAUCUGCCCUGGUCAGCCAAAGACUGGGAGCCCAAGCCGAAUCGAACCUCAGCAGCAAGUUCCAGUUCUCCAGCGCCAAGGAGCAAAACGGAGUACAAGAACCACAACAUGAGAAGAUUAUUACAGUGUCUUCUAACGGAAGUAUUCACAGCCCAAAGUUCCCAUAUACUUAUCCCCGUAACACAGUACUGGUGUGGCGAUUAGUAGCAGUUGAGGAGAAUGUGUUGAUACAGCUCACUUUCGAUGAAAGGUUUGGGCUUGAGGACCCAGAAGAUGACAUAUGCAAAUAUGAUUUUGUAGAAGUUGAAGAGCCCAGUGAUGGCACUAUAUUAGGACGGUGGUGUGGUUCUACUACUAUUCCAGGAAAACAGAUUUCCAAAGGAAACCAGAUCAGAAUAAGAUUUGUUUCUGAUGAAUAUUUGCCUUCAGAACCUGGAUUCUGUAUCCAUUAUACUCUCCUCACACCAACAGAAUCUGCCAGCCCGACAAUAUUGCCACCCUCAUCUUUACCAUUAGAAUUGCUAAACAAUGCUGUUGCUGGAUUUAGUACUGUGGAGGAACUUAUCAAGUACCUUGAACCAGACAGAUGGCAACUAGAUUUGGAAGACCUGUACAGACCAACUUGGCAGCUCCUUGGAAAAGCAUACAUUCAUGGAAGAAAAUCUAGAGUCGUAGAUUUGAAUCUUCUGAAGGAGGAGGUACGAAUGUACAGCUGUACUCCACGCAACUUCUCAGUAUCUCUGCGAGAAGAGCUGAAGCGAACAGACACCAUCUUUUGGCCACUUUGUCUACUAGUAAAACGCUGUGGUGGAAACUGUGCCUGCUGUCAGCAUUCUUGUAGUGAGUGCCAGUGUGUCCCCACCAAGGUCACGAAAAAAUACCAUGAGGUCCUGCAACUGAAGCCUAGAAGCGGUACAAGAGGAUUGCAAAAAUCUCUGACAGAUGUACCUUUGGACCAUCAUGAGGAAUGUGACUGUGUAUGUAAAGGAAAUACAGGACGAUAAGAGGAACUCGGUGUGCUGCUUGCUUUUACAGCACAUUCAGUCAGUGGCUGAUUCUGUUCUGGGGCUUGUGCAUUAAUCUCCUUCUGUAAUCUCAGUUGUUUACUUUAAGAAUCUUCAGUCUUCAAGAUUGACAAUUACGGGGGGGGGAUGGAAAGAAAGAAGAAAGCUGAGAUUAUGUAUAUGCAAUGUAACAACUCUGUUACUUGAAAGUCCACUACGAAGGAUGAGCAGAAGGCUUCAAUGAGGGAUUUUGCCCCCUCCCCCAUUCUAUACUUUUAGAUAUAGAUAUAUAAAAUAUCAUCUCUCUCACUCAUCUUGAAUUUUAAAAGAUUUAAUUUUUUAGAAGUAUAGGAAAAGACAGUGCUCAAAGCCUGGACUCUUCUGGUGGUCUUGCGUCUGCAGGUCUGUUACUUCUGGCUUACAGUUCAAAACAUCUGGAAUCUUCCUUAACUCAACUCAGCAACUCCUGCAUAUUCCAAAUCAAAGUGUUAAUUGUCUUACAGAUUGUCUUAUUCUGAGUUAAACUUAACUUUUCACUGAUGCAAGUAGAAAAAGAAUGGACACUUUCCCUUGGUUUCUUCCAGUAAAGAUUAUGCUGUUUAGAAAACCUGAAUGGUCAGUAUAUGUGAACAAAGACAAAAAGGUCGAACCCCAAGAAGUGGCUUUAUUCUUUUCACUAUGACCUGCAAAUAUUUUUGUUUGUUUAUAUUUUUAUUGUGUACAUUUUUAUACUCUUUUUGACAGCAUAACUAUUUGCUUUUCUAAUCUUGUUAAAUAUAUAUAUUUUUACCAAAGGUAUUUAAUAUUCUUUUGUUUAUUACAGCUUAGAUAAACUACUUCUUAGUUUUAUAAAACUUGGAGUCAGAGUUAUAGAAAGGGGGAAGGAAGAUAGAAUUCUCUUUCUGCAAGGCAAGGAGCUAAAAGUUGCAUUUACAUGUAAACAGGUAAACAAGAGAGGUUAGUCUAAAUUUCCAGAUAUGUGUAACUAGCUUCAUGAUGCUGGGAUAAAAAAGAGUCAAUAUAAUAUUUAAACCCUCUUCAUCAUCGUAACCUAGUGCCUCAAUCCAAAUAAGGAGAUCUGUGCACAGAAGUAAACUUCUGCAUGCAUACAUUAAUAAAUAUCACUUUUUGGAUCAGGGACAAGUGGCAUAAAUCUAAUAAGCAUCAGAAGGCAGAUGAUGUCUGUCCACACUGCUUUGUUUUCAAUGGGUUGAAUAUUCAGGUGUAUUUAAAUGUGCAUCUCUAACCAUAUUCUGAUGCAGCAAUGCAUGAGUAAAUAUCCUUUUUACAUGUGACUAGUGAUGGAACAGGAUGUAGGUUUCUUCACAGCAAUCAUAAAUCCAAAAUGGAGAGGCCCAUUCUGUCUUAUAGCCUGAUCCUAAACAUAUUUAUUCAGAGUGAACUCCAACACGGUGGGACUUGCUUCUUAGUAACUAUGUUUAGGAUGCAAUCUUAAUUCACUGUUAAAUUAGCAGGUGAAAGAUCUUGACAAGAGCAUAAUCACCACUGACAUUUCAGUGUGUUCUUGCAUCCAUAAUGUAUUCAUGAAAAAGACGUACAUAUUUAUUGCUACAGGUGUAAGGGUUUUUUUAUAUUAUUAAUACCGGUUAUUUCCUUGUAAGGACAGUGGGCUUCCAAUAUCUUAAUGGUGUAAAGUACAGUUUCAUGAAAUGUGGUUUUGCUUUUGUACAGUCUUUAUGUAAACCAGCUUAUUUAUCCCACCCUUUACCCAAAUUGGAAAAAAGCAGUAAAAUAUUUUGCUUGUAAAAUG